AUGGCGGCAUUCUUCCAGUCGUUCCGGAGCUCCUCCAUGCCAAAGAGGUUGCUCCGGUAUGCCCUGUCACGGUUGGAACUCCUCGAUGCCGACGCCCUCGAUUUAGAUAAUUUGGAUCUUGCCUGGGGACGGAAUACGGUCCUCGAGUUUCGUGAUGUCGGCAUCAGACUCAAGAAGCUCGACAAGCUGCUACACCUCCCCGAGACGUUUAGACUGCAAAAGGCAAAAGUGCUACUUCUGCGGAUUAGCAUUCCGAUGGACUUUUAUACGAGUCCUAUCAUAGUCGAUAUCGAUGGCGUCAGUGUUGCUUUACAAGUGCUGGGCACAGAGCCCAAGUCAGGACGUGGAACAAAGACACCCGAUGAAGUCCCCGUUGUCCCUAAUACGGUCGAUCUGGCGCAAUCAUUCCUCGAGACGACAAAUAGAUCAGAGCGCCAAGAACUUGAGGAUGCUCUGGCUGCAGAGACGCAGGACAUGGAUGCUUCAGUAGCCAUGAGCGACGACAGCAGCGACGACGACGGCCUGGCAUAUGGCACAGGCCAGCCGCUGUCUCUACCGGCCUUCAUGGCCGACUUUUUGCAGGGCAUCGUCGACCGCAUGCAGGUCAGGAUCAAGGAUGUUAGCUUCCAGCUCGAUGUCGAGGUCCCCGUCGAGCCGAAUUCUCCUGCCAACGAGAUGGUUUCUUUCCAGCUUGCCCUCGAUAACAUCGAUGUCGAAGGAGUCACUACCCGUCCCAGCGAGGAUGGCGAAUCGCCCACAAUCGUACCCAAGGAAGGCAAGCGACAUGUCUCCUUGUCUAAUGUACGGGCAUACCUCAUAUCAGAAGCGAAUGUCUUUUCCGCUCUGGCACGAUCUCCCUCCAUGACAUCUCCCUCCGUCGCUUCCUCGCCGGCCAUGACGAGAAAUCCCCCAUCCCGUCAGGCAACCACACUCUCACUUAGCAGUCUUCAUGAGGAGUCUACAGCCUCAUCUCACUCAAUCCGAAAUGACGAACCGAUGACUUCAUCGCAUCAAACCAUCUCUCAGGAGGAACCCUUGAUUUCCUCCGAACACAGCAUCGAGCAAGCAAACUCCGUGUCUUCAUUACAGCAACACUCUCAACAUUAUUCCCAACAUGCAGGUUCUAUGGCCUCUUCUCUUGCAAGCCUCCAGGAGGACUACUCCGUGGCUCGCGAACCCCCAGAGCCCGAGUACCCCUCGAACGAUAGCGAAGACGCAUUGGAUAUUCCCUACGAAUUCUCGGAUGCUCAAGACGAAGAUGCCGAAGACAGCCCAGCGACUCCACGGGCCUCGAUGUAUCAUGACUUCAACAAUCCGCUCAAUGAGGAGCCUCUGUUCCAUUCAACCAUGAUUUCUGCCGAUCAUCCAUCUCACUCCACGGCACUUGAGAACGAGAGACCUCAGUGGGCGAACGUUGAGCGAGAGGCCAGGUCUGCCCCGGCUCUACAGCACGGUUUGCAGCCAUUCAGCCUGCAAGCCUUUCACUCAAGAACACCAGAGGGCCCCCUCAGUCGGUCUACUUCCAGUGAAAGCUUCGGUGCUGGAUCAACCGAAGAUCUCGCCCAGUCUCACAUGUACACUCACGAAGAUGCAGAGAGCAUGUACAUGAGUGCAUUCUCACAAGCAAGUUCUCGGUCUGCAGCAGUAUCGCCUCCGGCUGCUUCUCACCACACUCCACCCCCAGUGGAGCGGCUAAGCGAAUCAAUCAAGCCCGUGGAGAAGCCAGCUUCGCCUGUCGCAGAACCUGAAGUACCAGAUCUAGCGAAAUCUCACGCCUCCAUUGUGGAACCCCAGACGCCUCCUCUGGACGAGCCCAAGGCGCCUGCCGCGGAGGCAAAGGAGCCCAAGCCGUUCAUCCCGGGUGCAUGGGAUGAGGACCUAGACGAAAGCCACUCAUGGACAACACCAGCCUCAAUGAAGCGCUCAGCUCAUACUACUGAAGACGCAUCAGAUAGUGACUCCUCUGAGCCAGCCUUCUCCCGAGCCUGUAUUGCCGAGACUGAACCUGAGGCCCCAAGCACGCCUGUCAAACACCAAGACGAUGUUCCCACUCCCAAAGGACCAACACGCCUGGUCAAGGAGAUUCUCAAUCUCAAGACGAUCUCGAUAUACAUUCCUUCUCAGCAUAAGCACCUACAUGUUCAGCCUGCAUCUCCUGAGUCUGUAGCUCAGCUAUCACAGUCUUUGGGACGGUCAGCAUAUCCACAAGCGCCAGGCGCAUUCUCGGUACAUGGAGCUGCAUCCACGCAUCCGUCUCAUCCAGCGUCGAACGUAGAUGACACUCUAGAAGUGAAUCUUUCUCCCAUCAAUGUUCGCUUUGAUACUUCACUGGGCUUCUUGCUUGCCAUGGUUGUAGGGAAACUGCUUGAAGCAGUCCAAGGAAAGAAGCCGGCCCCAGCUGGAGAAAGCAAGCAGGGAACAGAUACGAAGACGCCUAAUGUGAAGCUAACACUCGAGGAAGUCAAGCUCGACUUUCUUAAUCGGCUCGGUGGAGUUUCAGACACACCCGAGCGUUACUUGGAUCCGUCCGCUUUUAUCUUUGAUCAAGAGGUCCUACUCAACCUAACACUCCAGAACUUGGUCAUCUCCACAUCUCAGACCCAGGUGCCGGUGGUUGAGGGUAAGGCCGCGACAAAACCAGCCUCUUUGACAAAGAUAGAUUUGCAAAAGUUCCGCUUCGGAUACGCCAACGGCGAUAUCAUAUCGUUCGAUAGCGGCCGGCCGAUGAGCACGUCAGUUAAAGACACGUUCCUCACCAGCGGGUCUGAUAUUGGCGUCAACAUUCUCCAGUCAGGAGACAAUAUCAGGACGAAUGUCGAAACCUUGCCGCUUGUGUUCCAGCUCGAUCUACGACGACUCGACGAAACCUUCAGCUGGUUUGGUGGCUUAAGUAGCUUCCUUAACAUGAGUGCCUCGAUCGCAUCCAGUCCUUCACCAACGCCCAAACCAGCUCCCGUUCCGCAACAGAAACCUCGAGGUGUUCGCUUCGAUACUCCUAUUGACCCAGCAGACAAGUCUGCUGCAGCAGCGAACAAGGUUAACAUCCGAAUCGGAGGGUCUUGGGUGGAGUUGGUGGGCAAAGACUGCAGUCUGACAGCAGAAACAAGUGCAAUCAAGCUCGUGAGCCGGGAUGAGGGUAUCGGAAUGGGAUGCAGUAUGAUGCGCUUGUCCGGACCUUACUUGAAGAACCCGACGUCCGAACCUGCCAUAACCACCGAAGUUGGAGGUGUUAGGAUCAAUUUCCUCAUGGCCCCUCAGGAUUCCGAUCUCGAGAAGCUCCUUGAGCUUAUUAUUCCGUCAAAGCUCCAGUUUGACGGCGGCAAUGACGAGAUCAUGGUCGAUACUUUACUCCGCCAGCGACGAAAGGGUUCGGUUCUGAGGGCGUCUGUUGAUUCGGUCAAUGUUCGCAUUCAAAACAUGGCUCAACUCUCCGUCCUCCCGGAUCUUGGAGAGGAACUUGCAAAGCUCUCGACCGUGGCGAAAUACCUACCGGAAGACGAUCGUCCUGGUCUGUUGACACUCGGGGAUAUUGAAAAGGUGGGUGUCAGUCUGGACUUUGGCGGGAAGCUGGGCCACUUUGGCGCCGAGUUGAAGGGACUGAACGUUGGUCACAUCACCGUACCGUCACUCAUUGCCAUCGCGGUAAACGGUAUCUCCCUAAAGAGAAACCGGUCAGAAGAGCUUGUCAGCACUGUGUCAUUCGUCAAGGAGAUUUCACCUCGAGGCCCGGUUAUCAUGGCAAGGAUGAUCGGCGACGACAUCGAGCCCCUGAUCAAGAUAAAGAUGCAAGAUUUAUGCAUCGAUUACCGAGUUCCUACCAUCAUGGAUAUCCUGGACCUUGGAGAUGAUGCAACACCCCAGGACUUUGAGGCAAGCCUCGCUGCGUCCGUGGCGAACCUAGGCGACCAAGCACACAAUGUCCUUACAAGACCGCCUGGCUCUCCGUCUGACAAGUCAAAGGCUGCCAAUCCCAUGACCCUGGAUAUUGGCUUCCGCGACUGUCUUCUUGGACUGAACCCCCUCGGCCAUUCUUCCAAGCUAGUCAUCUCACUUACUGAUGCUCACCUUAUCGCCGUGCUACCCAAGGACGUGGACACAAGUGCCACCUUUACCAUCAAAAAGUCGUCCAUUUUGCUCAUUGACGACAUCGCCCAGUUUACAAUCGACGCACCACCAGCUACCCAGAGACCCCGUGCGUCGUCAUCGACAUCUCGUCAGGUGACGGACAUGUGUGCCCGGGGAUACGUGGAGAUCUGCUACAUCUCAUCCACCAAGGUCAUUGUAGAUGUCAAGGCUCUUCAGGAUGACGAGAAGCAGCUCAAUGUGGAGGUUCAAGAUGGCCUCGUUGUCUUGGAAACGUGUGCAGACUCGACACAAACUCUUAUUGCAUUGGCCAACGCUCUCAAGCCCCCAACGCCACCCAGCAAAGAGGACAAGUAUCGAACAGACCUGAUCCCCGUUCAGAAUCUCCUCGCCUCCAUAUCGGCAGAGGCGUUCGGAAGGGCCGAGGGAGACUACGACUUUGAUCAGGACUUUGCAGGAGCUCAAGAAAUGGCAGGCAGUGGUUCCGACGCUGGGUACAACACAGACAGCCCACUGCAAGUCGAGUCCCAGUUUUACGAUGGGGAUCAGGCCGGUGAGAAGCUGUUGUUUGAUGCCUCAAGCAGUUCUAUCCUAUCUCUCAGUAACAAGGGCAAGGGCGUGGAUGGCGACUCGUCGGUGCUCCUGAGCAGAGACUCUGAGGACUCGGAUGAUCUCCUCAUUCAAGAAGAUUAUUACGACCGCGGCGAUUCCAAGGACAGCAAGGCCAAGGUGUGGAACUCGAGAAGAAACACUCACGACAGAGCGCUGCGGGAGCUGGUCAAGCGAUGUCCCCUGAAGGCCUCGGUGAGAGGUGUGCAUGUGAUCUGGAAUCUCUUUGACGGCUACGAUUGGACCCGUACGCGAGAUGUCAUCACAAAAGCAGUACAGGAGGUUGAGGCCAAGGCGUAUGAGCGACAAGCCCAGUACAAUGUGUAUGAGCAAGAGCUUGAGGAUGAGGAAGCGAUCGGGGACUUCCUCUUCAACUCGAUAUACAUCGGCAUCCCUGCCAAUCGCGAUCCUCAGGAGCUGGCUCGAGCCAUCAAUGAAGGUUUGAACGAUCAUCUGACUGAGACGGAGUCAAUCGCUACCACGGCCUUCACAUCGUCAACGAACCGAACUGUCCGCUCCCGUCAGCCGAAAUCGAAGCGACUCAAGCUCAAGCGUAGCAAGCACCACAAGAUCACCUUCGAGCUGCAGGGCAUCGACGUGGACUUGUUCGCUUACCCUCCUGACUCUGGCGAAACGGUUAACUGCAUCGACCUCCGCGUGAACAACCUGGAUAUUUUCGAUCAUGUUCCAACAUCGACAUGGAAGAAGUUUGCUACAUAUGAUCAAGACAUGGGCGAGCGAGAGAUGGGCACGAGCAUGGUUCACCUGGAGCUUCUCAACAUCAAGCCACAGCCAUCUCUCGAGGCAUCCGAAAUCGUCCUGCGAGCAACUCUUCUACCCUUGCGACUACACGUUGACCAAGACGCCUUGGACUUUAUUACGCGCUUCUUUGAGUUCAAGGACGAGAGCGUGCCCGUCCACACAUCUAAGAGCGAUGUGCCGUUCAUCCAGAGGGCCGAGAUCAAUGCUAUUCCAGUCAAGCUGGACUUCAAGCCCAAGCGAGUCGAUUAUGCCGGCCUCAGGUCCGGGCACACAACUGAGUUCAUGAAUUUUAUCGUUCUUGAAGAGGCGAGGUUGACGCUUCGGCGAGCGAUCGUUUAUGGUGCGAUUGGCUUUGACAAGCUGGGUAAGACUCUCAACGAUACCUGGAUGCCCGAUGUCAAGGCGAAUCAGCUUCCUGGUGUCCUGGCUGGUCUCGCCCCUGUCCGCUCGAUCGUCAACGUCGGCAGCGGCUUCAAGGAUCUUGUAGAAAUUCCUCUGCGCGAAUACAAGAAGGAUGGUCGUGUCGUUCGCAGCAUUUCCAAGGGUGCUACCGCCUUUGCUCGCACAACAGGCACAGAGCUCGUGAAGCUGGGUGCCAAGCUAGCUGUGGGCACUCAAUACGCCCUCCAAGGCGCCGAGGGCAUGCUCUCAGAUCCACAGCAGGCGUAUGAUGGCUGGGAUGAGGAUGAUUUCGACGAGGAGGACAAGAGACAGAUUUCGCUCUAUGCAGACCAGCCCACAGGAGUCAUCGCUGGUAUCCGAGGCGGAUAUCGUUCCCUUGCUAGGGACGUCAACGUCGUUCGCGAUGCCAUCAUCGCAGUGCCGGGCGAGGUCAUGGAAAGCUCGUCUGCGACGGACGCAGCAAAGGCUGUUUUGAAGCGAGCACCGACUAUUCUCUUCCGACCUGCUGUUGGUGUUUCCAAGGCGCUGGGUCAGACACUGAUGGGAGCGACCAAUUCGAUUGAUCCACACAACAGACGACGCAUUGCCGAGAAGUACAAGAAACCUUGA